CUCUUGUUUUACAAGACAAAAGCUCGCAAACAACCCAAACGAGACUCUGUUCUGUUAGAAUCCCCAUUUUUCUCCAAAUCUAAAAAUCCUUUUUUUUUUUCACUAUUCUUUGUAAAAAUUUCCCCAAUUCUUUAAUAUUUCAAUUUUUUUUUUAAAUACUUUCAUUUCCUGAAUAGAAAAAAAGAAAUACAAACUUAUACAAAAGGAAAGGGAAAGGAAAUUUUUUUUCGUAUUUGUCUAAUUUUCUAGGGUUAGGGUUUUUAAUCGAUCUGAGAGAGGCAGGAUAUGGGUGCGGAAGGCGAUUCGAGUGAGUCACGACUGGGUGGCAAUGGCGGAGAAGAAGAGGGAGUGAUGGUUAACAUACGCUGCUCCAACGGUACGAAAUUUACGGUCAGGACCAGCCUUGAAUCAACCGUUGGAUCUUUCAAAGCUGUUUUGGCUCAGAAUUGCGAUAUCCCAGCUGAACAGCAGCGAUUGAUUUAUAAAGGGCGAAUCUUGAAGGACGACCAAACCCUUGAAAGUUAUGGUUUGCAAGCUGAUCAUACUGUGCACAUGGUUCGUGGUUUUGCCCCAUCUUCAUCUACACCUCCUCCUGCAGCUAGCACAAAUGUUGCAACUCCUAAUACUACACCUGGGGUCACCCGGGGUGUUGGUUCUAAUGAGGGUUCUGGUCUGGGAGCAUCCUUAUUCCCUGGACUCAAUCCACUUGGUGGCAGUGGAGGUCUUAGCUUAUUUGGAUCUGGACUUCCUGAAUUUGAACAAGUGCAGCAACAGCUAACUCAAAAUCCCAACAUGAUGAGGGAAAUAAUGAAUACACCUGCUAUUCAAAGUUUGAUGAAUAAUCCAGAGUUAAUGCGCAGUUUGAUUAUGAGCAAUCCCCAAAUGCGUGAGAUUAUUGAUCGGAAUCCAGAGCUUGGGCAUAUACUUAAUGAUCCUAGCAUUCUUCGGCAGACAUUAGAAGCUGCAAGGAACCCUGAACUCAUGCGUGAAAUGAUGCGAAACACUGACAGGGCUAUGAGUAAUAUUGAAUCCUCUCCCGAGGGAUUUAACAUGCUUAGGCGCAUGUAUGAAAAUGUUCAGGAGCCAUUUUUGAAUGCUACGACUAUGGCUGGAAAUAAUGGAAAUAGUCCGGGUUCAAACCCAUUCGCUGCUCUAUUGGGCAAUCAAGGUGGUUCUCAAGCUAGGAACUUGCCUAAUAACAGUUCUACAACUGGUUCUGAAACUACUCAGGGACAAACAGCCCCAAACACAAAUCCUCUUCCUAAUCCUUGGAGCAACACUGGUGGUGGUGGUGGGGGGACCCAGACCAAUACAACUGCAAGGUCAACUCCCGCUGGCGAUGCUAGGACACCAGGUAUUGGUGGUCUGGGUGGCCUUGGACUUCCAGAUAUGCCUCCAAUGUUGAAUGGAAUGCCAGAUGCCUCUCAAUUGACUCAAUUGUUGCAGAACCCUGCUAUAUCGCAGAUGAUGCAGAGCAUAGUGUCUAAUCCCCAAUAUAUGAAUCAGAUUAUGAAUCUCAACCCUCAAUUUAGAGAAAUGAUGCAAAACCCAGAAGUAGUUCGCCAGAUGUUUUCCCCUGAGACAAUGCAGCAAAUGCUAACUUUACAGCAGUCACUUCUGUCUCAGCUCAACCGACAGCAAUCAACCCAGGAUUCAGCGCAGACCGGUGCUACAACAGGAGCACCUGGUACUGCUGGUCUGGAGUUGUUGAUGAAUAUGUUUGGUGGUCUUGGUGCUGGUAGCCUGAGUGUUCCCAACCAACCAGAUGAUUUGCUGCACUUUGGCAUCUUCAUUGUUUUUUUCCAGUUCCCCCAGAAGAACUGUAUGCUACACAAUUAUCACAACUCCAAGAAAUGGGUUUUUACGAUACACAAGAAAAUAUCAGAGCACUACGUGCUACUGCUGGAAACGUCCAUGCUGCGGUUGAGAGACUUCUGGGAAAUUCCGGGCAGUAAUUCCUCAAAAAAAUUUUAUGCUUUUAAAUUUGACCAAGAACGCUCAUGUAAGACAUGUAAGAUUAGUUGAUUUGGCCUGGUGCCUUGGCAAACCACAGAUUAUGGGCAUACAUGCUGAUUCCUUUUUCAGGCGUGUUUAAUAAGCAAGUAAACACGAUGGUAUAUCCGAGAACUUCCUGAUAUAGGCUUCGACAUAUUUGGCUCAUUCAUUCCAUCUUUUGCCCGCGCACUUACUAUCUUGCUUAUGUACAUACACUUGGGAUUAUGGUUUUUUCAAUUUUAAGAACUUAAGCGGAUGCUUCUGGCGUUGUGA